AUGGCAACAUGGAUGCAUGAUGCACUUUUCUUCAUGGCAUUAGUUGCCUCAGUCUUCAAGCUCAGCAUGAGCUACGGCUUUAGGAACUGCAUAGAAAGUGCGGCCUCAAACCGUACCAUCUUCAAAUGCACAAACCGCCAAGCAUGGUCUGUUAAAGCCAUAGUUAACGAUGUACCAUUCUCUGCUACAAACAUUACAAUCUCAUUCUGCAAACUUUCACAAAAACAUGUAAUGAACAACAGCUUCAUCCACCUGCCAAAUAUGCAAGUCCUGCAAUUAGAUAACAACAACUUGAAGUCCGUCGGUAAAGAUGCCUUUGUUAAUUUAUGGCAUCUUCAGACUCUUAACUUGUCCACCAAUGACAUAGCCAACCUCGAUGAUCAGGUCUUCCAUAGCCUUUAUAACCUCACAGGCUUGAUUCUGUCAGUCAACAAGUUGACAAACCUCCCUUCUGACCUGUUUUGUAAUUUGAAAAACUUGGAGAGUCUGGACCUGCGUAGAAACCAGUUGAUAAACUUUUCAGAAGUUGUGCAGUCCAUAUGGAACUUGAAGAUGCUAAAGAAACUGGAUCUUUCCUUUAACCGUCUAACAUCAUUGACACACUCAACAAGUUUGCCACAGUCACUCGCAUCUAUUUAUCUUGGAAACAACAUUCUCAGGACAAUGGGUUGCAAAAGGGACUUUCUAAGUAAUGUUAAAGAGCUGGAUCUAUCUAAUAACAGAUUUCUCUCAUAUCUACAUCACCUGAACCUUAGCAGCUUGAAGUAUCUGCGUUUGCGCUCCACAAACAUUUCCAUAAUAGAGUUUCUCAACAAUAGUGAUACUAAGGUGCCAGCUUGGAACAUAGACUUCUCUGGUUUGAAAUUAAAUAAGUCCGAAUUGCUGCUUUCACUGUGUAAGCAACUGUCACAUUAUCCAAGGAAAAAUAUAUCAAGAAUGUUUCUCCAAAGCAAUGGUAUAAGAAUCCUAAAUUAUAAAACGUUAUCUUUAUGCCCUUCUAUCAUCAGGAUCUUGGAUCUCUCAUACAAUGAACUAAAGAGCACAAACUGUUUGCAGUUCCUUAAAACUCAAACACACCUGAGCACCCUUCGAAUUGAACACAACCACCUAACCAAACUAGGAAACUGCAGCAGAAACAGUAACACAAGAUUUUACAACUUGAGAGAACUAAGCUACCGGUACAAUCGUAUUCUUCAAGUUAACGCCUUUGCCUUUAGCAAUACACCCAAACUUACGACUCUUUCCCUAAACAUCAACAUAAUUGCCUAUUUGGAUCACAAAGCACUGUGUGGUCUUAAAGAUCUUGUUACGCUCCGUUUAGACAACAACCUUCUGACUGAUCUGUAUGCAGAUAGCUUCAAAGACCUUCACAGCUUGCAGACGCUUAACUUGCGCAACAAUCAAAUCGCUGUGAUCUUUAACAACACAUUUCACUCACUUCGAAAUCUAAUCAUCCUUGAUUUAGGUGGAAACAAGAUAACACAGUUGAGACCCAAAGCAUUUGACGGACUGACCAGUUUAAAUAAUCUUUACCUAGACCGCAACCGCCUCACAGAAAUCGAUGGUCAGCUGCUCGGAAGGCUUCACGCGACACUGCAAGUGCUAGAUCUGAAUAAUAAUCAUAUCAAAUAUAUCACGGAACAUGAAUACUCUCCAUUCGUAAAUCUCACAAAGCUCAUUCACCUGAAAUUAGAUUCGCAGUUGCCAUAUGGAAUAAGAUUUUUACCUCAUAAAUUUUUCCGUGGCCUUAAAUCUUUGAAAAGUCUUUAUAUUCAAAACAAUCAUAUCUAUCAUUUCAGCAGUGAUACAUUCGAUGAUCUGAAGAACUUAACUUUUUUAACAUUAGAUGACUCGUGUGAUGGUGUAAUUCAGCUCAAACCAUUGAUUUUCAAAAAUCUCCGCAAGCUUGAAAUAUUACUUCUUGAGAACAUGGGCAUUCAGUCCGUUUCGAAAGAGGUGUUUGGAAACCUCACAAACCUGAGAGUUCUGCACUUGAACCGAAAUGCUUUGCAGACCCUGGACAUCAACUUGCUGGAGAAUUUAACAAAUCUAGAGUACCUUGAUCUUCGAGAUUCUCCUCUGAGUUGCCACUGUCCCAACACUGAGCUUCAGAACUGGACAAAAAACAGCCAAAGGGUCCAGAUUGUAUAUCUUUACAACCUUACGUGUCCAGACCUCCAAGGAUCAAACUUUUAUAACUUUGACACCAAUGUCUGUUAUUCGUUUGACCUUGAGAUCUACAUGUUCGCCUCUACUUGUGUUGCAACAAUUUUACUAACUUUAAUACCACUUCUUUACGUGAAGCUUUACUGGAAAUUCAAGUAUGGCUACUAUGUCUUCCGCUCUUGGGUGGGCGAGCAGUGGCGUCGACUUCAAGAGGAAGAGGAGAAAUGCAAGUAUGAUGCCUUUAUUUCCUACAACUCCGCAGAUGAAAAGUGGGUCAUGGAGCAACUGUUGCCGAACCUGGAGGGCAAUGGAUCUGCUUACCGACUCUGUCUCCACCAUCGGGACUUUGAGCCAGGCUGCAACAUAGUCGACAACAUCGUAUCUGCGGUUUACAACAGCCGCAAAACGAUAUGUGUGGUCAGCCAGAACUUUCUCCGUAGCGAGUGGUGCUCUCUGGAGAUCCAGUUGGCGAGCUACCGUCUUUUUGAUGAGAUGCAGGACGUGCUAUUACUUGUCUUUUUGGAUUCAAUCCCAGAGAGACAACUCUCCACUUAUCACCGCAUGAGAAAGGUUAUGCUGAAAAAGACUUAUAUGCAGUGGCCAGGACCUAACUGUACAGAUCCUGAUAAGGCUGAAGAAAUCUUCUGGAGGAGGCUCAAAAGGGCAUUAAGAAGCAGCAACCACAGAAAUCAAGAGGAAGAGGAACAAAUGGAAGUGCACGUACAGUCGAAACAGCAGAAAAAUGCAGCAACUUUAGAGGAAGACGAGGCCAAGUCACAAAUGGAUGAGCCAUAUUAUCUGAUGCCCUAG